GGGGAAUAAAUAGGGGCUGGUUCUUUAAUUGCUCCUGGUUGUAUCAAUACCUAACGGUUUUACUGCUCCAUCACGAGCCACUGGGAACGGGUUGCCCGGGAAACGGCCGCAUGGCAACAGGAUCAGAGCCUGGGGGUUGUCUGCUUCUAGGUCUGCUCCCAUUUUACAUCGCAUUUCCUCACUAGAUGGUGUGCAAGCCACUGGAGAGUACACUUCCCCGCACAGUGGGCUCCACAUCCAGCAAAACAAACCUGGGAAACUAUACGGCGGACCUUUUCUUUACGGGGAAGGAAAAGUGUGGAAAUAACAGCCUCGCUCGCGUCAAGGUUUUCUUUUUCUAAGCGCUUUUUUUUUCAACAAGAAGACUUCUUCGGGAGAAGCGGCAACAAAAUUCAGCUGUGAUGGACAUAAUGAUUGCGGUGCAGGAUGCUUGUGUCUCUGGUCAGUGGCUUACUGCGAUAAUUCUCAGCCUGUGCUGCUUUCUGCCGUCCUGUUUGCCCGCUGGACAAACUGUGGACUAUUCCUCGGUUGAAAGUGUGGUCAGCAGACAAGGCGACACCGCUCUACUGAGGUGCUACCUAUUGGAUGGGAUCUCUAAAGGAGCCUGGCUGAACCGCUCAAGCAUCAUAUUCGCAGGAAACGACAAGUGGUCUGUGGACCCACGUGUAUCCAUUGUGUCCAGCGUUGGAGACAAACAUGAGUACAGCCUUCAGAUACAAAAAGUGGAUGUAUCCGACGAUGGCCAGUACACAUGCUCCAUUCAGAGUGAGCGCAACCCACGGCCAAAGCUCCUCAACCUUAUUGUAAAAGUUCCUCCCAAGAUAUAUGACAUUUCCUCUGACAUCACGGUAAACGAGGGCAGCAAUGUGUCGCUCAUCUGUACAGCCAGUGGGAAACCCGAGCCAAGCAUUUCCUGGAGACACAUAACCCCAUUAGCCAGGAAGUAUGACAGUGGCGAAUAUCUUAACAUCACCGGCAUCACAAGGGACCAAGCUGGAGACUACGAAUGCAGCGCUUUAAAUGACAUCGCCUCUCCUGACACCAAAGCAGUAAAAGUCACAGUCAACUUUGCUCCAUCUAUCCAUGAGAUGAAAAGCCAUGGAGUUGGUCUUGGACGCACAGCUCUGCUAAGGUGUGAGGCAGCUGCAGUGCCUUCUCCGACAUUCGAGUGGUACAAAGGUGAAAAAAGGAUUAUCAAGGGUCAAGGCAUCGACAUCAAGAGCCUCAGCUCCAGAUCAGUCCUCACAGUGACCAACAUGACAGAGGAUCGUUACGGGAACUACACAUGUGUCGCCUCCAACAAGCUAGGGACGGCUAAUGCCAGUGUGCCUCUCAUUCCAAUUAUUGAACCCACCACCACUAGUGCUGUCUCAAGCCCAGCGCCCAACACUGCACCCUAUGGGAGCACAGGGAGUGCGCAUGUCCCGCUGGCCUGCCGAUACCUGAUCCUGGCUCUCUCCUCCUUCAUCAGCGUGUACUAGCAGAGGCCGGUCCAGACACAAUGACUGACUGUCAAGAGCAUUUAUGAAUCCUUUUUGACAUUGCUGAAGGCUGGAAUCCAAUCUGGUACAGUUUGUUGAAAAGCCGUGAUGGGGGAAAAUAAUCAGCGUUACUUUGUGUGGGGAAAUUUUCUUUUUCUUUUGUUUUCUUUCCUUUGCUUUUUGGUAAAAAAUUUCUGUCAUGUAAAUACUAUGAUGUUUUUUUUAUUAUAAUUAUUAUUAUUUCCUCUCUUCUUUUCUUAUCGAUUGACCACCUUGUGAAUCAGUGCUCACCCCCCCACCCUAACCCACCCCACCUCCAAUCAUAUCAAAACUACCCAAAAUGAGUUACUCUCAUGCCUCUUUCUCUGCGAGACGAUGGCGCGAAAAUUGACAUUUUCAUCCGUUUUUGUACAUGGCUAAAAAGAAGCAAUUGUGCCAAGUCUCUCAGUACACAGAAUUACCAUACCAAUGUUGUAUUGAAUGUAUUAUGGGUUGUUGAACAAAGGAAAGACAUUUAGAUUCCUAACAAUACAAAUUCUGAUUAUGGAGUGUGCUUAAAAAAUACUGAAAAAAAAAACUGAAAAAAAAAUCAAAAGAACAAACAGGCAGGGCUUUUUCAGGACCUGUAUUGUCAUGAUUACUCAAUAGAUGGAUGAACAGUGUUGAAGGUGUGCUUUGUUGUGUUCUGAAAUGGGUCCUUGAGUUACUAUGCCUGCCUCACAGAUUUGAUCAGGCAGCCGUCAAAGUAGCAAAGUAUACUGUAUUGUAUCUUUAUAUUUUAAUAUAGUGUAGGCUUUUGUUUUGAAGUGGGACCAGCUUUUCUCAUCUGACCAAGAACAUUAACACAGUCCAUGACUUUGUACAGUACGAAGGGAGGAACAUCGCUGCCCUAUGUUUACAUUUUUCUUGAAAAUAUAAAUACUACAGUAUAUACUCCACACUUCUUCUUUCUGAGAAUCCACAUACGUGAAUGUCAUAACAAACUGUUGCAGUCGAGAAGAAAAAGCAAAGCCCAAGUUCAACUGUUGUAAGCUUUUCUCCUAAAGAUGCAGUUCUUUGAAACAUGCCUCCUCCAGUGGGCGUCUGAGCAGAGCGUUUUGUUGUGUACCUACUGAUCAUCGACUGGCUGAAAACCCACAGCUGCACACUGUAGGUCGCUUGAAGUUUUUGGCUUCGACUUUUGGCAUGAUACCUAACUAACGGACUCUGGGAAAGCAGCAUUCUGCAGCACUGUAUUUUAUUCCACUGUUUUUAUUUACAGAUAAUCCAACACAUAAGUAUAUCACGGUCUCUUUGACAGUAAAUAUAGCAUCUACUUUACAAAUAAACGACAUCCAGCCAAAGGUCAUGGAACUAAAGAUUUCUGGCAACAUAUAUGAUCUAAAGAAGAAAAAAGGGACAAUAAUGAAACCUGCUUUGCCUCCAAUCUGAGUCCUUCUCGUGUUAAUUAUGAGAACAGAAAACAGCAUCCCUAUCACUACAAACAUGGCCUAACAGCUCCUCUAAGAUGAGGGUCCAUUUUAUUCAAACCGCUGAUCAGCGUCCACAGGGCCAGUGAAUGUCCAGCAGAGAAUAAAUUAAACCAUGAGGUCGUUUAAUAGGAGAAAAUGUGGCUUUUUGUUCACUGAAAUCAACCAUAUCAAGGCUCAAAAACAACGCAAGGGUUUACUUUUUGACUAAACUUGUCAUGGCAUACUCAUCCUUAAGUAUCUUCAAUUCAUGGUGUAAUCAGAGAUACUGUACUGCAAUGCCUUAAUAGUACCAUAGACAUUAAAUUAACCUCCUUUAGAAGGACACUUCCAGAACCUCUCAAUAAAAUACAUUUGUUUGACAUAUUACUGCUUAUUGAAUGUUCAUAAACCUGUAGCUGACUUAUAUUUCUAAUUAGGCGUUAUAUUCAGCAAAAAUUCAACUCUUUAACUUAUGACUCUUGCAGGUAUUUUCAAAUAAGCCAGUUUGCAUCUGAUAAAAAUGCAGUAUUUGUCGUGCAGGUUGACAUGUUUGCAGGUCUUGUUUGGGUUUGGAUUGUGUUGUAUUUUGCCCCCACGGUCGAGGGACUAACAGUUCACGCAGUAUUUUCACAUGAACUUGUAACUGCAAACCUAUAGAGAAAUAGCCAUCGCAGUUAAAAGACUUAAAGCACAAACACUGUUAUUACUUUUACGUUUUGUGGUGAUUUGUUUUAAGGUCUGCAUUUUUUAUUUUAUUUUAUUGUUUGUACUGAAAUUGUUAUCAGCUUGUUUUACAAAAAUUAUGAAAAUACUGCACCAUAUGAUCUUGUUUAAAUGUUAAGGUAUAAUGAAAAUGGGUCAGAAGUAUAUUUAUUCUCUUCCUUUAUGAAAACAAUGUAUAAAAAAUUACAUUUGAAACAUGUAAACUGGAUAUGUGACAUUUAUUUGAAUGAGGCACAGUAUGGCAUAGUUUAUAAUGUUGUCGGGUUCAUUUAGAUGCCAUAACUGUUGUUGAUUUUUUGUCAGACGAGUACAUUAAAAAGAACAAUGUUUGCAAUCAAAUUACCUACUUUUUGAAACAGAGAGGGUGUGAACCAAUAUAACAGUAUUAUAGAACAGAAUCAAUGUGUGUAUAUUUGGAGAAAAAUAGGAUACCUUUUGAUCUUUAGAGCCAGUGUGUAGUCAUAGUUUUCACACACUUGCGUGUUUGACGAUGUGCAGAGAGUAUGGUUGUGCUGCAUGUCAAAGUUAACCUGUGUUUUUGAGGUGGCCAUUUUACAGAUAUUCAUACUUUUUAUGAAUGGAACCAGUUUUUCCAAAACUUUUGGUUCUUAAACCUGGUCUAAAAAUACAUACCUCCUACAGACCAGCCGGCUAUGUUUGUUUGUGAUUUAUUUGAAUCAACUUUUGCUGAUGAACUAAAAACAACUGCUGUUCAGAGUCAUAAUGAUUAUUGUGGCACAUUGGUGACAGUCUGGAGUUAUGUUGGUUGCUUGUCUAAGCAGUCAAGACCAUGCUAGUAUUCAUACAUAUGAAAUGUACUGGAUGUUGAUUAUUUUGAAUAAUGGUAUUAACAAGUCCCUUUUAUCGAAUCACUAUUAUUUGCAAUAAAAGUCUUCAUGUUACAAUAUAAACCCACAUCUGAGUUAAUGAGCACUCAAAGCGGUUGUCCUUAUCAGUGGGACAGGGUUUGAGCCAGAGCACAUAAUGUCCUUCUUAAUAUAUAACGUGUCUUCUCCCUGCAGUUAGCUGUCCCCUUUAAAGUCCCCCUCCACUUCAAACUGUUUUUCUGAUGUUUAUGUCUGACCUUGACUAUACUGACUUGAAUCUGUGCUAAGUUUGUCACCAGAGAGGUGUUUUCAUGUUCCUCUGCUGAAGGGAGAGAUGCUCUUCACUACAAUCUGAGACAACCUAGAUUAGAUUACUUCAAAAGCCCAUCACUGUCUGAUAUGCAAAAGCCAGGAAAAAACCCUGAAACCUACACUGUAAAAUCAUAGAUUAUUGUAUGUUUGACAACCAGUAACACUUUUAGCCACUGCCACUAACAAACAACAUAAACAAAUAAAACUACACACAGCAUUGUCAUGCACAGCUAAAUCUCUUUGUUUUUUCAGCUACAGUAAUUUCUCAAUGAGGGAGAAAAAGUAUUCCCUACAAUUCCCUUUUCAGAGUUUUUAUUUUUAUUGGGUUUUUUUUUUAUGUAGCAGUGUAUUUUUUACAAAUUGUCUGGAGUGGGACUUUAAAGUCAAGGGAAGACUCUGUUAGCAGGCUUUUAGAUUUUAUAAGAUGUAUUUGUUUUGUAAUUUGGUAAAACUAAUAUGAACUGUUGGCUGUUAACAUCGUUCAGUAAAAGAUGGCUUGUUGGAGAGGAAAAACACAUGCUUUGCUUAGAUAAGUCAAUUAACUAACACACCAACAAUCCGUCACCUUUUCCCCUUUUGUUGAGUGUGCAAAGUUUAUAUCGAGAACAUAGACAUAACCCCCACAUCAGCACUAAAUAUAAUUCCACUUUAUAAACAAUGAUUAGAAUAAUAAGAAGUCAUUUUAGAAAGCUGGAUGUGAGCUGCGGUGAUUUGGUCUGUUUUUGUAGAUACAGAUAAAUUAUCACUUUCUUUGAAGUUGACUUCAAGCAAAACAGAGAUCUGCCAGCAGCACAGUUAAAACCCUGGUGAAACAAACACUGCUGGGACUGUUCUCCAGGCUGGAGAGGCAUGAGGGAAAUAUCAGCCUGUUUGGACAGCGUAGCUGGAAUUAUUGAGUCAUCUUAAUUUUUUUGUAUCAUGCAUAUUUGAUCCCCUCUGCCCUUAAACACUGCGUAAAUCCUCCUGAGCCCUGAUAGCCAGAAGCCACAGUCCAUAGAAUUAACCACCGUUUGCACUGCAUCCUCAUCAGCACCCGGUAUAUAUAUAUGAUCUGGAGAUAUUUACAAACAUAAAUCACUGCACAGGCAGUCCCGUAAUGCAUCAGAGGGGGCGAUUAUACCUUUUUUUCCUCGACAGCACAAGGCUUUCAAGUAUCCUCUGACCUGAAUACACUCUGACUAAAAACCCACGGUUGUGUGACCUACCUCAUAAAAGUUCAGUUGAAAAAGUCGUGUUGAUGUUAAAGCUGAAAAGAGGCCACGCCACCCACCUGCAGAGAUCACUGCCUCACCUCCCAGCUGACAGCGGAGGGGAAAAAAAUCUCUCUACUUUUAAAUUUAAGAUAAGAGGAUUUUAAAUAUUCAUGCUAGUGCGUAUUAUUACGGCCCCACAUUCCCCACCCUGAAUUUUUAAAUUGUCCAUUUCCAAGCGUCCUCCUUCUUCUCAUCCCCAUGUAUCAGAACCAUAUUCUGUUCUUUUAUUACAAGUUUGGAUUCAUGAAACAACAGCUGACAAAGUACUGUACUGAAUGUGCCUUUGAAAUAUUUAAUCAAUCAUAACCGCCCCUCAUUUCGAGCAUUAAAGCUUCUCGACACAGUUUGACAUUAGCUGAUACAUUUUUCACCACAUUAGCUAUUUAUAAAAUGAACCAAACAUUAAAUAUGUCAACAUAGAAGCAAACUACAGCGCUAAUUAAGUUUAACAGUUAUUCUGACACAUGUAACCCCGAUGUAGCAUAGAAUACAAAUGAAUUAAACAAAGUUAAAUGUCAUCAUAAUUGAAGUAAUUAGGAUUAAUGGAGAGUUAAAGUGUAGCUAUGUGCAUUUAUCCUCCAGGGAAACAGAAGCAGGGUUCAAAUCAUCGUCAUCUUGGGUAAUAUCAUAUCACACUGUACCGACUCAUCUAAUGCCGGCGCUUGGUCAGAGGGAAAACUUUAGCUUGGCUUUCAACUAACACCAACAUAAACACAUCCCCGUCAUUAUAAGACAGUCAGAGCAACUAAUAUAAAAUAAAGAGUGUCAAGGUCCAUUUAAGGCGGGCACAAGGGCUGGUGAACGGGUCCAACAAUCUUUGGACUUUGACCCAGGGGGCUGGCUUUAACCUGUGAAUCAGGUCCUCAAAGUUUUGAUGAGUGCCAAUUGAGGGAGCCAGAUUAUUACUGAGGGCUGCACAGAAAUAAUGCAGUCGUGAGUUGUCUAUUGGAACUGCUAUAUUUACCUUACAGCACUAGCAUUCAUGAUAGAGUUGCAAUUGAACCUACGAGUCUUCAUUCCUAACUUGACGGAUGCUUGUUAGGGGGUUUCAGUUUGACACAGCAGCCGCAAGCAAGAGAAAUUAUUAAAAAAGACAGUGAAACAUUAAAAUAUAAUAUGCAUUUCAUGUCACGCUUGAGGUGACGCAGCAAGAUGUUUCUGAGGGGUCACCAUUGGCCGUACUUUGAGCAGCUGUGCUCUUAAUUUCGUUAUGUAGGUCGCCACACCACUUACGUACCAAAAUAGAUAUUUUCACUCAAACCCUAAUCUUUUUCCUAACAGUAAGCAAGUAGUUCUGGUGCUGUGUUACGUUUUCUGUGGACACAAGUUCAUCUUGAAAAGCCAUGAUACAUGUAGCAAGCAGAAACUGACACUAAAUCAUCAUGUUUUGAAGGCCACUGACCGAACGUUGGUGUAUGAUGAGUAGAGAGUGAGAAUGUGUUGAUUGUAGACACAAAGGCUGCGUUCAGACUGCAGGCGAAUCUGAUUCAAAUCAGAUUCCUACUCAAAUCCGAUUUUUAGGGCUGAUUCUCCACACUGUUUUUAGCAAGUGUCCAAAUCGGAUAUGGCUCUGUUCAGACUGGGCCACAUUAUUGACUGAUCUGACAGGUUGCUGUAGUAAGAGCGUCUGACGUCAUAUAAUUGCGACGGCGACAAGAACAACAACAACAAACACGAUGGAGGCAGGUCACCUCAGUAUAUUGGCCUUAUCACUGUCCAGUAGAGGUGCAGAACAUCUCAGACGCACCAGGGGAGAAACCUGGCGGGUGGACGCCCCCGUCGGGCCCGUAUGAGACGGGCGCGGCUGCCAGUGGACACCUCGUCUCCGCGUGCCGCAUAGAGUGACGUCACAGACAGUCAAAACCGUUCUGAGUGUUUGGAGCGGUUCAGACUGAGACGCAUCUGUCCAAAUGCGAUUUGAAACUACCUCCUGAAGGUGGUUUCGAUCGGGUCUGCCAAAAUCGGAUUUCAUGUGAUUUGUGACUGUUCGGACUUCAAAAGAGCCAUCCAGUUCCAAUCUGGAUGGACUAAAAAUCUGAUUUUGGCUGGCAGUCUGAACGCAGCCAAACUGACUGCUUUCACUUCUGUAUUAUGGGCAGGGACAUAUUUGAAAGGCAUGUUUAUUAGUCUUGUCAGUGAUUGACAUACUGUACCUGACACUAUCUAACAAAUGUUCCUGCUGUAGAGAAAAAAUCUGGUUGAGUUUAAAGAAACAGCUAAAAUUAUUUUGCGGCUGAUGUGCGACUCUGGGUGUCACUGUAGAAAAACAUCAUGACAAACUCAGACACUGCUGUGACACUCUCCAGCAGUGUGUUGCUACACCAACAGGAACACACACACACACACACUGCGUUGCCAAUAAAAAGCUGAUGCAGGGAGGUGAUUCAAUAUAUUGCAAGUGGAAUUUACAGUCUGAAUGGACAGAUAUGAAUAAAUACCUACAAUGAGUCAUUUUGUUUUGCAACCAAUACAAAUGUUCCACCCAUCAGCGUGUGUUUUCCGCACGUAAUGCUUCACAGUGUGCUGUGAUUUAACCACUCAGUGGUGUUUGUAUUCUGCAAAUAAAUAUGUGUAAAAAAGCAUUAUCCUGCAGCAAAACAAAGGCAGAACAUACUGUAGGUUAUGGAAAUGAUUAGCAUGGUGUCAAAGUGCUGUUUGGCUCUUCACAAAGGCGUCUGCGGCCGGCGUGAACACAGAGGAGAGCGGAGGAGUUGUGAGAGAGGGAUUCCUCGCGACCCUGCGGUUAAUGAAACCCUUCCUGUGCCUUUGUCAGUUUUAACUGGGAGAUUGUGUCAUACUACGUGGCGGAGCCGCCGCCUAGCUCCUGCAGUCGCCAUCCCACUACCCUGAGCGGCAUACUGAGUUGUCACUAACAAAAAAAAAGCUGUUUCUUGAGUGCUAGCAUUCAGUUUGGGAGAUAUGUUUGUUGCACAGCGGGAAAAUGCUAUCCCUCCUGUCAGACGCAAGGCUGAAAGAAAAAAAAAAAAAAUGAUUUUUUUUCUCUAUAACCAGUCUCUGGGCAAGUUUGAUUCAGCUCUGAAUGGAAAAAGAAAAAAGUGUUCAGGCUUUUUUUUUUUUUUUUUUAAAGAAAAGAAAUAGGCCUCUUUUCUUUUCUCUCAAACAUUUCAACUGGUAGAAAAACAGUGAGUAAUUUCUGACUGGUGUGACUCUCCAUUUUCUUUGAAAUGCUUCUGAUAGUGUGGCAGCUGCCAAUAUGAGAGGAGGGGUGUGGUGGUUGGAGGGGGUGGGGGGGUGCUGUUUUAAAAAGAAGUUGCAUCAAGUAUUUGUCAACCUGUCCCUCAUUAUUUCCACUGAACUGGAAAAUAAGUUGCCAGCCAAUGAUGCAGAGCCUGAGAUAAUGCCUCGGUUUUAAAGCAAGCUAUCUAAGCCAGGUCUCUCCAUGACGCCGAUGACUGAAUCACACAGCGAAGUGUUUUCACGUGAACCUUCCAGGCAAUUGUCAGUUUUCAUGAAGGAUUGAACGGGUUUGCCAUAGAGAGACUGCAAUCAUUUGACUGACAAUAAAUGUAAUCCUAUUUCAUUUGUUUUCCAUGUCCCAAAAGACAGAUUACACAUUGUUUAUAUACACUGAGCGACACAGCAAAUGAGUUCUUUGUAGCACCGGUUCAUCACGUG